UGCCACAGCAUGCCGCGGAAGAUAAACCAGCGUCUCGAGCGAAUGAUUCUCGUUCAUCAUUCAUCAUUCUCCUUCGCGAAUGAAGCCCCCCUUUGCUUCCAAUCCCAAGCGGCCGAGUUUUUUUCACGCUAUAUAUAUAUAUGUAUAUAGCAAGCAGUUCAGUUGCUUCUUUAACCUUUCUACCACACUUUUUUGUCCCACACACACUCCAUUCCCGCACUUACCACCUCUUCCGCCCUUUCCCCCUCUUUCCCCCUCUUUCCCCCUUCCCUCUCCUUAUUUUUUCACCUCAUUCCAUCCUCCUCGACCCUCGACACCACCAACCCCUCCCCCAUCUAUACCUCAUCACAUAGUCCCUCAAGAUAUACGCACGAAUGGCAUCCGUCCUCGAGAUGGUCGCACCACCCGCGACAGCCCCCAUCGACAUCCAGUCCACCCACUCAUCUUGCUCAGCCGCCGCCGUCAUCAACCUGUCCGCCGCCUCGUCUUCCAUCACUCCUGCGCUCCUCGGCGGGAGUCCCGCCGAUUCUGGCUAUGAGUCAUCCUGGCCUUCCUUAUCCGAGGCUGCUGCUUGGUCUCCUCCAGGACAAAAGCGCCAGCUCACUCUAAAGUCGUCUACUGGAAACAGCAACAGCAACAGUAACAUCAGCAUUAACAACGAUGGUUCUAUCAGUCCUGAUUGCAACCCAUUCAAUGCAUCUGGCAACCCCUCCCUUGUUCACCACGGUAUCAUCAAGCAUUCCAAGGGGCAUCGUCAACAGCAACAGCAAACACAAGCGCAGCGUCUGGGCCAGAGCCAGAGUGAAGACCAGGGACAGGUGCAACAGGAAUCUCGCCUGGGCAAGGCGCAACGGCGACGGGUACGAACACAGGCCUAUCAUGCUAAGCGCAUGGCACAGCUUCAGAAUAUGAUGCCCUUGGUCGACUUUGGUUCGCCUCAAAUGGAAGACGACGAUCACCGUUACGGCCCUGUGGAUCCACCUAUUCCUCUCAGUGUCAUACCCCGUGGGUGGCUCUAUGAAGAAGACUUUGGCCCGUCUCUCGCCGACGAUGUCCUGGUCGCUUUGCCAAAGCGCCAGUGGGUUUAUGACUCAAGUAGUCCCAUGUCUAUGGAUACAAAAUCGUUCGUAGUCAUGUCAUGGAACGUGCUCUCGCCCAAAUUGUGUCACGCUUCGAGGCUUGAUGCUCGAUGUGAACCUGCAUUUCUGGACUGGAACUACCGCAAAGAGGCUAUCUUGAACCAAGUCGCGUUUACAGAUGCAGAUAUCGUUUGUCUACAGGAACUGGAACUCAAAGACUACGAAGAGUACUUCAACCCGCGCUUAACACGCCUGGGGUUCAAAUCUAUUCAUGCGUAUAAGAUGAACAUUUACGAGAUGCGGGAUGGCUGUGCCAUCUUCUACCGCGACAGUCGCUUCAAACUGCUCAGCGAUCAUGUCCUCCGGUUCAACCAGGUUGAGCUCGAUGAUUGCAAUGUCAAGCGCCCAUCCAUGGCACGAGACACCGCUAUACGGUUCAAUCUCUUCCACAACUUAGCUGUCGUGGCGUUCUUUGAAAACAGGCGGACGAAGCGGCAAAUUCAGGUGGCAACAACUCAUCUGCUGGCAGACCCAGCCUUUCCGGACGCAAAGAUGCUCCAGACCGCCAUUCUAACAUCGAAACUGGAGGAACUGAAGGCCGAGGCAGUGGCAUCAAUACCAACAUCAACAUCGACUCCAAUAGCAGAAACGGCAGCAACAGCAACAGCGACAGCGACAGCAAUGACAGAAGGAUCAACAGCAGGCAUGACACCUCAUCCUCCGAACCAAUCUCGUGCAAAGCAACAUAUACCGACCAUCCUUGCUGGCGAUCUUAACUCCUUGCCAGACAGCUCUGUGGUCAACUUUCUGAAGACGGGCCAGAUCGAUACGUGCCAUUUUGGCGGCAACGACUUUGGACGAUUUACAAGGGCAGGGAGCAAAUACUUCCACCAUCAUCUGGGAUUGGUUGACAGCUACAACUCAUCGAUAUUGCCCUUCACCAACGUGACGCGCAAAUUCCAGGGAACGAUUGAUUAUCUGCUGUACGAUCCUUCAUCACUCGGCCUCGUGGGAUUCUUGGAUCACUUUGAACCGGAUCUAACUUGGCAUACGGCUGCGAUGGGCCCCGGCACAAUUCCGGAUACUUCAGGGGCGAAUCAUCAUGAUGUCAACAUGAGCUCCUCCGACUUGGACUCAGAAAUGGAGAUGGAUCUGCCAUCGCUAUCCUCGUCUUUUGCUUCGUCGUUGUCAAUAUCUCCGAUCCUGUCGUCUGCGCGUGGGAAAAAGGUCGCGAAGAAGACCGUCAAGAUGAUUCCGCAUCUUGAUUUUUCGAAACUGUUCACGAAGCCGACAACGAGCACGACAACGACGAAUGUCUCAGCUUCAAACUCACCAAGCAAGAAGCAGGAGGUCACGGAACCGAUGGUGGUGCGCGCUGCUAUGCCGACGGCACUACCGAGCCAGCACUUCCCAUCUGAUCAUAUUCCAUUGGUGGCCAUAUUCCGGGAGCGCGAGUACAUGCCCAUUUCACAAGUUGCCAACACAGGUGGAUGAAGACAAAAUGUUUUUUUCCUCGUCAACAUCGUUGCUCCUUUCUUGAUUACUGUAUUCUUCUUCCUUCUCACGAUGUAAAAUAUCCUUGUAAAAAUAAACUCUCCCUGAC